UUGGGUAAUGAACGUAUCAUUAUAAUGCUAAAUAAAUAAAAUAUUAACAAAUUGAUAGACAGCGUCAUGCGUUAGGCACUUUAUUUUCAAAAAAUUAUACAAAAAGAAAUUGUAGAAUAAUUCGGUUGAUAUUCCAAAAAAAUAUUUUAUAAUUGCUUAGAAGGAUAUAUUAAUUUGUCUAUCUCCUCCUAAGUCUCUUCGUCUCCUAAUAAGUUUUAUCUCCUCAUAAACACUCUUACGUGCCUAUGCAUCAGGAAUACGAUAGCAGUAGUUCAAAUGAUGUCGGAUACAAUAUUAAAAAAUAUAACAGAAGCAGUAAUAGAUGGAUAGAAUGUAAUGACAUCAAAGCUGAAGACUUCGACAUAAUAACCAGCAGAAUUAGUCAUGCUAGCGAAAAAAUUACGACUCGAAAACAACAGUGGUAUAUUGUUUUGAAAAACAUAACCGCGUCUUAUAUUUCAGUCGUGAAUUUUCUGAAACGGGGUAAAGAAAAAGAGACGUACAGAAAGUUGUUUCAUAGGCAUAAGAGAAGAAAUGAGUUUUUUGUCUACGGCGUCGGAGAUGCGGGUAGAACGAAACAGCUGGUCGCUGAGAGGGAGUGGUUCAAACGAGAAUAUAGUAGGCAAGUGGGGGAACCAAAGCCUGAGGAUGAGAAUGUUUUGAUGAAGAAGGCUACGGAUGGAUUGAUACGGAAAUCAAAGUGCAUUCCGUUUGAGCGUAUUUGCUAUGCGCCACCAUUGCGCCACGUGUCAGAACUGGAGCAAGUAAGUUGGAAGGACACUCCACUCGCCAUCACCUGUACUUGCCCCGCCGAGUUAUGCAAGUGUCCAGAUAGGAAGAACUCAAUAUUGCCGCCAGCAAAGAUACCAUACAAAAGGCGUCCCACAUUCUUCGGCAUAAAACCUUUUUGUUGGGCGAUUCGUUUUAUGAAAUAUCCCAAGCCGGCGGGCACGUUGAUACCCAAGCUUGUGGAAGCAGCGAAGAAAGAGGCUGAAUACUAUUCAAGUCCACAGGGUAGGAAAGAAUUGAAUGCAAAGGGUCCGGAGUUUUGUAUGUCGGGUUGUCUACAAUAUCUAGUAUCGAGCAUGGCCGUGGAUGCCGCUCUCGCAGCUGAAAUUGCCAAAAUGCAAGCGAAGGUCGACGUGGGCGGACUAGGAAUGUUAUUGGAAGAAGACGUCGGGGAGUCUGUAUCGGCGGAGGUUUGCGACGAGUUCUCUUGCACUGUGGCCACACAAACAGAAAACGAUCCCGAAACUGGCGAGUUGAUGAUGGGAGACUACAGCGCCGUGCUGUACGGCUCCAUCGAUGACUCCGUCAUGAACGACGUGGAAGGGAUGAAGUUGCAGAUCUCGACUUAUUCUCAUGAGCCGCCUGAUCCAUGCGCGUUUAGUAUUAAUAAAGUAUUACACGUUGAAGAAAUCAAGCAGCAUAUCUCUAAAAUCAAGGAGAUGUAUUCGACGAUGUCAGCGGCACGAGAAAGCUAUUGCUGCAACGAUGUAUCAUGUCAAUUCAGAGGAUUAAGCUUUAUUGAAUCAUUAGGAAGCAUGUUAGGAAAAUGCAAAUGCAAGUCAGUCUCCUCAAAAGAACAGGAUAUGGAAAAGGAUAAGAAAGUAGAAGAGGCAGCAGGAGAUGCCAUACCAGAAGAACCCGAAUUUGUCUGCCCGCCGAUAUUAGAGAGAAUUGUUGAAUUAAAAGGGGAAGUUAAUGAUUUUUUCAAGAAAUAUUUCAAAAGGGUCGAUACACCUCAUCCGUGUAGAAAGAAGUUGUCUAUUAAUGUAAUAGACAAAGACGUAAAACAAGAGCCCGGAAGACAUACGGAACAGGAAACAAUACACAAAGCUAUAGAAAAAAAUGUUAAACCAGAAACAACACUUGGGCAAUUAGCUGAAAAUACAAUAGGAAAUACAGCAUUCGAAGAAAGCAAAAAGGAAAUAAUAGAACAGGCCGACCUUAAGGAAAUAGACAUAAUAAAAGAAACAGCACUCGAAGUUAUAAACAAAAACAUAAAAAAAGAUGCAUUACUUAAAGCCACAGAAAGAAUACAAGAGACAGCUUCUAAAGUGAAAAAUAAGAAGGCGUUACUAGAGACAACAUUAAAAGACGUAGAUAAGGAUAUUAGAAAGGACAUAGAACUUAAAGUAAAAGAUAAUAAUGUAGUAAAAUAUGUGGCACUUGAUUAUAUUGAUGAAAAUAUAGAACAAAAUAACAGACGUUUUGAAGAUUUAGCUUCAUCUGAUCUCACAAAAGAAGUAAAUAUCAGCAAGAAAAUACAAAAUGAGAAGUUAUUAAAAUCAUGUAGUUGCCUAGAGAAAGCUGCUGUUCGAAAUGAAUUGCACUACCACAAAGCUGUAGAAUGCUGUGUAGACAAGAAUGGUAAGAACAAAAAGGCUAUUUCCUCUCAUUUGGAUCAUAUGACAUUCGCAACUGAUAGAAAUAAGGAUAAAGGUUCAGACAAAAACGUUGUUAAAUCUCAACCACAUUCUGGAGACAAAUUAAGCAGUACAAAAAUUAAAAACACAGAAGAAGAUAUAAUUAAAGAGAUACAUAAAUCCUCUGUAAUCAAUUUUGUAAAAGACAUAAAAUCUUCAUCCAGUAAAAGCUCGUCAGUAAAAAGUAAGCGCUCUUCUAUCAGUAAAUUAAAAAAGCCUCCAUCGAGUUAUUCACGAUCGAGAAGCAAUUCCGAAGAAUUUAACAGUAGUGGAGUUUUAACUAUGAUAUCCAGAAAAGUGUCGAACUCUGGAUGGAGAGGCUGGUUCUCAUUUAUGACAGAAAAAGAUAAAGAUACAAAUGCAGGUGAUAACGCGAAAUCUAAAAGCAGUAUGCGUACGUUGGGAAAAGAAGAAAGUAAGGAAGAGCCAAUAAAGAAACAUGAUAAAUUUGUAAAGAGCAUAUCUGAAAAUCACUCGUACUAUACAGACGAAGUGGUACAAAAUGUAGAGUCGUUGCGACAUCUCAGCAGUAGUCAGAUCACGGGUAGUGACUCCAAUAAAUACGAUAUUAAAGGCCAAGAAACUGAACCAGUUAUGCCAAAACAUUACCGAUUUUAUUAUUGAAUAUUUUUGGAAACAACCAAA